AUGGAGGGCGCCGAUAAACUAGAGGAAAUUUAUAUGUGGAUUGAUCAGAUACCACUUUCUAGACCGAAGAGAAACAUAGCCAGAGACUUCGCGGAUGGUGUACUUAUGGCAGAAUUACUGAAGCACUUCUUUCCAAAACUUGUCGAUCUUCACAACUAUGUUGCAGCCAGUUCAAAAUCUCUGAAGAUAGGCAACUGGAAUCUUUUGAAUAGAAAGGUUUUAAGCAAGAUUGGACUAGAGCUCAAAGAUGAAAACAUUGAUAAAUUGGCCACAGCCACAGCUGGUGCAAUUGAGCGCUUACUGAAUGAUGUACAUGAAAAAAUCAAAGAGAAAGAAACUGAAAAACUGAAAACAACAGAAAUACUAAUCGAGAAACUUGUUGAUAAACCAGGUGAGAUAGUAAGAGUUCCUGCAAGCGGAACUGACAAAGAGCAAAUACUUAUACCACUGAAAGAAUUCAUGAAAAAACAAGAUGAGUUAACGAAAAAAGAUGAGAUGAUUGAUGCAUUACAGAAAAAGCAUGUUGAUGGUGAGCAGAAUGGACAAGCAAAUGCACUGUCUAGUACUGAUGCCAUUGUGAAGGAACUUGACAUUUGUUCACCAGCACAAUGCUUGUCAGCAUAA